UGCGCAACCAGGGUCGCGGUCGGGGCCUGGGAAGCUUCCGCCAUGGCCUCCCCCGCAGCGGAGCGCGGCGCGGCGCUCCCAGCCCUAGGGCCGCAUGGGCAACCGGCGCUCAGUGCGCAGGCGCCGCUGCCCCGGAGCAUGAUGGGAGUUGUAGUCUGCCAUCGCCGCUCCCCUCGGCUUCCAGCUUCCAGACUUUUCUGUGCUAUCUCUUGGUCUUCGACAGCCAAGUGAGGCCCGAGUGAGUAACCCAGGUUGACCCCUCUUCACUUCUAAUUCUUCAUAGAGGCUUCCGCGAUAGUCAGGAUUACUGUCCUUUUGGGGACAAGUGCGGGCAUCCUAGGAAACAGGCUCCUGCUUGGAGGAAUGGAGUACCCUGCCCACCUCCCUCUUACCCUACUGUCACCCCCAUCUCCGGCAGAGGCCUUGUCCCACAUGUCUUGGGGACAGAAUUGCAAUUUAGCACCGGUUCUAUUUCCUGAGCUGUGUAGUGAUGACACAGGGGUGUUUGCUUUGUGAUAAUUCAUCAACUGUACCUUUUGUGUACGUUUCUGUAUGUAUGUUAUAUUUCAAUAAAAAGAGUUUAUUAUAAAAGUACCGAGCGCCAGAGGCAUGGCUGUGGUCACAAAGAAGGCUGAGGCGAGGAUGAGGUAGAGAGCACUUGGUACAGCCUGAUUCUCCCUCCCCAGACCGAGGGCAAUUUGGGGGCAGCCCUGCGCCUUCAUUUUUGUGGGCCGGAAGCUCAGCCCUGGGCCUGCGGCACAGUAGACUCCAGGGAUGGAUGAAUAAAAGGCAGAAAGACGGGUCUGUCUCCCAAUCCCCCUGCAUCAGCACGAGGGAGAAACCAUCGCGGGCGGUCAGGAAAAGGCAGGACGUCCAAAGAAUGGAAGAACACGCCUGGAAGGUCACACUCUGCAAACUCAGUCCUCUUGCCCUCAGGCCUGAUUCUCAGAAGGGCAAGAGUGCCCCCUCCCAGCCCAGCGGCUCAAUCUGAUCUCCUGUCUGUGGCCCUGACCUGUCCAGGCCAGAGUUGAUCCAGUUCAAUCACAGUCCGGCCGCCCUGGCCCCCUGGCGGAGGUGCGGGAGGGCCCGAGGAUGGGGGAACACCCAGGAUAAAUCAGGAGCGGGAGCGCCAAGGCGGCUGACAACCUGACCCUCAGAGGCAGGACGUGCACAGCUGACCCUGAAUCCUGCCAAAGCGACCCUCGCUGCAAUGCAGCGGAAGUGUGCAGAAGGGAAGGGCACCGAGCUGAACAGAGCUGAGCUGGGCGGAGUGGCGUAAGGGCGCCACGCGAAGGCGGGAAGCCACGCGGAGCCCCUCGGGGCCCCUCCCCUCUGGGGCAUCUGCGCCUGUGAGCGCGCCCGGAGCCCUGUGCUUGCAGCCGCGCGUGCCUGGACAGCAGUUGCUCAGUCGGAUGCAGCGGGGCGGGAGCAGCCACUCUAACGAGAACCAGGUGGCUUCCCGGCGCCCCAGCGUGGCCCUCGCUGAACGAAACCAGGGGGCCACGCUGCCGGUGCGGCUGCUCAGGGACACUCCAGGAGCUGCGCGGGCUGACCAUGUGGAGGACGGCUUCCAGAUGAAGGUGGACGCCCACGGCUUCACCCCCGAAGAACUCGUGGUGAAGGUGGACGGCCGUUCGCUGACAGUGACCGGACAUCAGGAACUGGAGGCCAGCGGCCCGGAUGGGGCCGGCUACCGAAUGGCGCGGAAGGUGCACCGGGAAGUGCGUCUGCCGCCUGAAGUGGAUCCGGCCUCCAUGAGCUGCUGCCUGACGCCCUCCGGCCAGCUGUGUUUCCGAGGCCAGUGCCCUUCACUGCCUUCUCCUGAAGCCCAAAUUGGACCGGCCCCAAGACUCAGGGGCCAGGGUUCUAAGAAGGGUCCUAACCCAGCCUGAGCCAGUAAACAUCCGUGCUGUGCAGCAGCCUCAGUGU